UCUCAUCUAAACGUGGACAGCGUUGAUUUAUUUGAGAAUCCCCAGCUAGCACAAGUACCAUGGGAAUACGUGUCGUUAUACGCUGGUGAUUGCAUCUACUUACCUUCCCAAUAUUUACACCAGGUUCGUUCAUACAAUCGUUCGAUAUCCGCCACUUACUUGUUUUACCCUCGAGAUUUCUUCGAUGAUUCGGAUUGUUCGGAUGUUGACCUGGAUAGUUACCUCAGUCUUGAUGAUGUUUAUGUUUACUGGGUGUACGAGAAGGGGCAGGAGACGGUUGAUAUGGGGUACGGAAACCCCGUCAACACACGAGGAACAUUCGAAGAUAUAAUUAACCUUCUAAACAUCCAACAUCUCAACUUACAUUCCUUCCUCUACCUAAUGUUCAUUGCAAGUUCCGAUGAAGCAGUGAUGGAGAACCCGGCGCAGAUAUCUGAGUUUUACCACGCCAUCGACGUCAAUAAGGAUGAUCGAUUAAGCAGGGAUGAGAUGUCCGGAAUCACCAUCGAGCAAUGGAAGGAUCUUUGUAGGAAAUCUGAUUCGCCUCAUGGCCCUACUAAAUCGGAGAUGGGGGACAACGCUGAGAAGACGAACGCGUCAGCCGCCUUCAACCCUCGCAACAAUGAUUAUUACAGCGAUGCUGAGACAACCAAACGACUUGUGCAGUUUAUAAUGGAAGAGCACGGAUACAAUGGGGUGUUACCUUACCAUAAGUUCAAAGAACUUAUUGAACUCAAGAGCGAAGAUCACCCGAACUCAGCUUUUAUCAUUCUUGAUACAAACAUGGAUGGUUUGUUGAAACCCGACGAAAUAAAUAAGUUGAAACUUCUGCCGUUCAGACAAGUUGCAAGAAUGGGUCCGAUAUAUGUGGGCGACAACGCUGAAGCUUUGGAGGAAUUUGAAUCUAUUCCCGGGUUCGCUGGUAAGGUUGUCACACAAGCGAUGAUAGAUAUCGAGCAUGAGAUGGAGUUGAAGCAUCCGGUGAUGGAAGUCUUGAAGCAACUUGCAGAGGAAAUCAAAUCGGAGCCGAACGGAUGGUCGGUCGAAGUAUUCACCAAGCGAAUGAAAAUGGUGUACGACCAACCGGACGCGAAAUAUGUUGAUUAUCCUUUCUUGUUUUCCUUGCUGGACCGGGACAACACAGGGAUGGUCACCGUGGAAAACAUGGAGUGGCUAGUUUACAGUGAGGAGGCUAACACACCACUGCGACAAAUUGCCCCGAAAGAGGGAGAUGAGCCAGUGGUGAUUAAGGAGCGAUAUCAGCCCGCCACUGCACGUAGGACCCUGGUGAAUCUGGUGGACACGAUGGUAUCCGUCAACCAGAAGAUGAAAUAUAUCAAAUAUAAACUGGCUUUGGCCAAGAAGAAGAAGGACAAGAUGGCACACGGCAAGAAAGAGGGGGGCAAGAUGGCACAGGGCAAGAUGGAUGCCGAUGCUAAAAGGGAUGAGCUCUAAGUUUAGAAUGGAUGAGAUGUAGUUGUUGUAUGAAAAGAUUUAAUGUAAAAAGUGGAAUAAAUCUAAUCCUGUUUAAAGUAAAUUGUCGAAAAAAUAAUUGUGACAUUCAUUUUAUUAAUUUGUAAAUUUUGUUGCAAUUUGUAAUUUUACCCACAAUUCUGUGCAAUAUUGUCAUGCCAUAAUGAGAUUAUGAUGUCAUAAUAAGAAAUGUUAUUUCUGUGGAUUUUCCAAAUGUUUGUGAAUAAAGAAAUAUCAUUCAA